AUGGCGACUGCACAAGACCAGACGCUGGAGCUGCCAAAAACCGCGAAACGCGACUUUUUGGUGGAGCUCGAGCAAAAGUAUCAAAAAGAAUGGCAAGAAAAGAAUGUCUUUCAUACAGAUGCCCCUCACGAGAGCGAAUAUGCUGAUUUGACGCCCGAUGCGCUGAGGGAAAAGGUCCCAAAGUGGCUGGGUACAUUUCCCUAUCCUUAUAUGAACGGCUCUCUCCAUCUUGGGCACGCAUUCACGAUAUCCAAGAUUGAAUUCAAUGCCGGUUAUCAACGCCGCUGCAGACAAGAUCGUUCGGGAGAUAGAAAUGUUUGGCCCCGAAUUCGGGGUUAUACGGGCGAAGAGGAACCUCCCAAAGCUGAACCGGCUCCAGUUGUCGCUGCCCCAGCUGGUGCCGUAGACAAAGCAAAGAAAGGCAAAGUCGCAGCAAAGGCAACCGGCUUGAAAUACCAAUUCCAGAUUAUGGAGUCCAUUGGAGUUCCUCGUGCAGAAAUUAAGAAAUUUGCGGAUCCCUUGCAUUGGCUUGGAUAUUUUACCCCUAUUGCUCGCGCGGAUUGUACUAGCUUUGGUGCCCGUAUCGACUGGCGUCGCUCGUUUAUCACUACCGAUGUUAACCCAUACUACGAUUCUUUUGUUCGAUGGCAAAUGAACAAGCUGCGUGCAACGAACAAGGUCAAAUUUGGUGAACGUCAUACCAUCUAUUCUCCAAAGGACGGACAACCUUGCAUGGAUCAUGACAGGCAAGAUGGAGAAGGGGUUGGCCCUCAGGAAUAUACUGGCAUCAAGAUGGAAGUCAAGCAAUGGAGUGAAGCUGCUCAAAAGGAGUUACCCGAAGAUAUUCAGAAGAAGAAAGUCUACUUGGUUGCCGCUACCCUUCGCCCUGAGACUAUGUACGGCCAGACAAACUGCUUCGUCGGAAAGGAUAUUACGUAUGGAUUCUACGCUGUUAAAGACGAUGCUGUAUUUGUUUGUACACACCGUGCAAUUCGCAACAUGGCAUACCAAGGCGUAACCAGCGCUCGUGGGGAGAUCAAGGAGCUGGCAACUCUUCCCGGCACCGCUCUGAUCGGAACCAAGAUACAUGCACCUUUGUCGGUAAACAAUGAGGUUUGGGUUCUGCCCAUGGAGGGUGUAUUAGCCAACAAGGGUACUGGUGUCGUCACAUCAGUCCCAUCAGAUUCUCCUGCGGACGCUCAAACUCUCCUAGACCUGCAGAAGAAGCCCGCUUACUAUGGUGUCGAACCCAGUUGGGUCGCAUUCGAGCCUCUCCCUAUCAUUUCCACUCCAAGCUACGGCGAUCUUAUUGCCCCUGCCUUGCUCAAGUCAUUGAAGAUUCAGUCCCAAAAAGAUGUCAAACAAUUGGCCGAAGCCAAGGAGAUUGCAUACAAGGAAGGGUUCUACAGCGGGACCAUGCUCAUCGGCCAGUAUAAAGGAUUGAGCGUUCAAGAUGCUAAGCCAAAGGUUCGAGAAGAUUUGAUUGCAAGUGGAGAAGCGUUUUCCUACUCAGAGCCUGAAGGCUGGGUGAUGAGCCGCAGUGGUGACGAGUGCGUUGUCAGCUUGGAAGAUCAGUGGUACUUGGAUUAUGGUGAAAAAGAAUGGAGGGCCCAAGCUGAAUUGUUGCUGGCAAAGAUGAACACGUAUAACCAAGAGACGAGAAAUGCGUUUGAGGCUAUCUUGGCAUGGCUCAACCAGUGGGCAUGCGCGCGAAGCUUCGGCCUUGGAUCGCGCUUACCCUGGGACCCCACUUUCUUGGUCGAAAGUUUAAGCGACUCUACAAUUUACAUGUCCUACUACACAGUCGCCCACUUGUUGCAAGGUGGAGUGGUUAAUGGUAGCCAAACUGGCCCUAUCGGAAUCACCCCUGACCAACUGACGGAUGAAGUCUGGGACUUCAUUCUCUCAAAUCCCUCUCCGGACCGUAAGCCUCCUAGCUCAACAAUCCCUACAGAGAAACUCUUGACCCUGCAACGCGAAUUCUCUUAUUUCUACCCGAUGGAUAUCCGUUCCUCUGGCAAAGACCUUAUCGGAAACCAUCUCACUUUUGCUAUCUAUAACCACGCUGCGCUUUUCGAACCCAAUCUCUGGCCGUUGUCCAUGCGUGCCAACGGGCACUUGAUGCUCAACGGGAAGAAGAUGAGCAAGAGUACUGGUAACAGCUUGACCCUCCGUGAUAGCUUGGACAAGUUUGGUGCGGAUGCGACAAGGUUGGCUCUAGCGGACGCUGGAGACGGUAUCGAGGAUGCCAACUUUGAGGAGAAAACUGCGAACGCUGCAAUUAUGCGAUUGUACACUCUUAUUGAAUGGUGUGAGGAAAUAUGCGAGAAGGAGGUUAUGGGCAGAGUUCGGGGUGAAGCUCCCGAAGGCAAAGAAGUCAAGAUCCGCACUGGUGGAAGGGAAUCAUAUUCGUUCCAUGAUAAGGUCUUCGAACAAGAGGUUGUUGACUCGAUCAUCAAGACCAAGGCAAAUUACGAGGCCACCAACUACAAGGAUGCUCUCAAAGAUGGCUUUUAUGAGCUCCAAUCGGCUCGAGAUUGGUACCGAGAAGUCACUGCCGACACAGGAAUGCAUGCUACCCUCGUCGAGCUUUUCGUCCGAACCUCUGCUCUUCUUGUGUUGCCUAUCGCCCCCCACUUUUCCGAACACAUCUGGCAGCAUCUCCUACGCGAGUCUACCAGCGUCCAGAAUGCUUUAUGGCCUACCCUUCCUACUGAACUUGACCAAGCAACCCUCGGCGCAGCUGCUUAUAUGCGGGGUAUCACCAAGACAAUUCGAGACGCUGACCUCGCGCUGCAAAAGCGUUCCGGAAAAAAAGGAGGAGGACCUGCUGGGCAAGCCUUGCGUCCCAACGAUCCCAAAUCGGUGCGGAUUUUCGUGGCUCAGAAAUUCCCAGAAUGGCAAACUGCUUGCGUUGGGGUGGUCGAGGCGCUAUGGAAGGAAGGCGCUGCGAACGAUGAAGCAAAAUUGAGAAAGGCUCUGGCAGAGAAAGGGCUGAUUAAGGAUAAGAAGGCAAUGCCAUUUGUCCAGGCUUUCAAGAAACGAGUAGAACAGUUCGGCCCCGAAAUAGCUUUUAAUCGUGCCUUGCCUUUCGAUGAAGCUCAUGUGUUGCGCGAACUCGUACCAUACAUGAAGCAUAAUAUGGGAUAUGUUGACAUUGAUGUCGUGUCGGUGGAAGAGGCACAGGGUAAGACUGGGCCAGGUUACACUCAGGCUGCGCUGGAUGUGGCAGAACCAGGCACACCCGGGUUUGUAUUCUGGAAUCCGUGA